UCUUAGGAGGAAGUCAAGUGUCACAACAUUUCGGGAGGGAUAAGCUCGGAGUUGACAAAAGCGGUUUGCCUCAGUCGAAACAUUUCGCUACACUGUAAUUUUUUUUUAUUUUUUUCAUUUCCAAGUUGGGUCCUGGACGGACCACGCGGGAAACGAUUACGUUAUCCGGUUGAGAACCAACCACCCGCGGCGUGCCGAGGACUUGCUUUCACAGUGGACUUUACCUUCACAGCUCGGCACAGAGAGGAGAGUGGGACUUUAUUGUUCAAGGCUAGCUAGCUAGCUUUGCAAAGCGGCUUGUUUUUGUGUGUAUAUAGCGUGGACCGCAGGCUAUAUGGCUGCGAAUUACGAACCGAUAUAUGGACUUUCAGAAGAUGAGCAUGAAACACGAGUGUUACGGGUUAAGGUCAUUGCAGGAAUUGAUCUGGCGAAGAAAGACAUCCUUGGAGCCAGUGAUCCUUAUGUCAAGCUUUCCCUCUAUGUUGCUGAUGAAACUAGAGAGCUUGCCCUAGUCCAAACAAAAACGAUUAAAAAGACCCUCAACCCAAAAUGGAACGAAGAAUUCUACUUUAGAGUGUGUCCACAGAAUCACAGGCUACUCUUUGAGGUGUUCGAUGAAAACAGAUUGACUAGAGAUGAUUUCCUGGGGCAAGUUGAUGUUCCUCUCAGUCAUCUGCCAACAGAGGAUCCUGCCAUGGAGCGGCCCUACACGUUUAAAGACUUCCUGUUGCGGCCAAGAAGUCACAAGUCCAGGGUGAAGGGUUACCUGCGUCUGAAGAUGGCCUAUCUGCCCAAACAAGGAGGGCAUGAGGAGGAGGGGGGAGACAUGAGGGAGGAGGCUGAGGGUUGGGAUGAGUCUGCUGACUCAGGCUCCCAGCGACCCCAGCAGCUGCUGCCUCCUUUGCCUCAAGGCUGGGAGGAAAAAGUGGACAACCUGGGACGCACCUACUACGUAAACCACAACAACCGCACUACACAGUGGAAACGGCCUUCCAACGUAGACGUGAUUUCAGAGAUUGAGAGUGACAAUCAACAGCGGCAAAUCCAUCAGGAAGCCCACCGCGUUUUCCGAUCAAGGCGCCACAUCAGUGAAGACCUGGAGAACGAGCACCUGGAGCCCAGGGACUUGGAUAAUUCUUGGGAGCUCAUCACAGAAGAGGAUAACGACAGCUUGGCUCAAUCUCUGCCCGGUCCCUCCUCCGUUUUGACACCACAGCACACACCAACACCCAUCACCCAGGAGUUCUCAGAAGACUUAAAUCUGAGGCUGUCGCUGACUCCCGAUACAAACGGCGAAGUGCCAGGGCCCAGCUCUGCUUUGAGCCAGCUGUCAAACAGACUCCGUUCCUCAAGUAUGACGGAUGGCGUCAGUGAUCAGGCCCAGGCUCCUCCUCUUACGAGUUCCCAGUCCAGAAGAACGAGAGCUCAAACAGUCUCAGGUGGUGAGGAGCCUAUGUCUCCCUCGUCGACUGCUUACACCUUGACCACCCCUGGCCUGCCCCCUGGAUGGGAGGAGAGGAAGGACGCCAAGGGAAGAACUUAUUACGUCAACCAUAACAACCGCACCACUACAUGGACUAGGCCAGUUGUGCAGCUGACUGAAGACGGCGCCAGCACCUCAGCAGCAGCAGCAUCAGGAGGAGCCUCAGCCCUGGCACCCGCAUCCACCCCUUCCUCCUCUUCCAAUGCCUCCAACAACCACCUCCAUGAGCCCCAAGUCCGACGACCUCGUAGCCUCAGCUCCCCUACUGUCACCCUUUCCACCCCUUUGGAGGGAGCCAACAACAUUCAGGUACGGAGGGCUGUGAAAGACACACUUUCUAACCCUCAGUCUCCCCAGCCGUCCCCUUACAGCUCCCCAAAGUCGCAACACAAGACCCAACAGAGCUUCCUGCCCCCAGGAUGGGAGAUGAGAAUAGCUCCAAACGGACGGCCUUUCUUCAUCGACCACAACAGCAGGACCACCACCUGGGAGGAUCCCAGGUUGAAAUAUCCGGUCCAUAUGAGGAAUAAGAACUCAAUGGAGCCUGGUGACCUUGGCCCUCUUCCUCCUGGAUGGGAAGAAAGAGUUCAUACAGACGGACGCACCUUUUACAUCGACCACAAUACAAAGAACACGCAGUGGGAGGACCCGCGUCUACAGAGUCCAGCCAUCACAGGACCCGCGGUUCCCUACUCCAGAGAAUUCAAGCAGAAAUAUGACUACUUCAGAAAGAAAUUAAAGAAACCGGCUGACAUCCCUAAUCGAUUUGAGAUGAAGCUACACAGGAACAACAUCUUUGAAGAGUCUUACCGUCGAAUCAUGUCACUAAAGAGGCCAGAUGUUUUGAAGGCACGUCUAUGGAUCGAGUUUGAAUCGGAGAAAGGAUUAGACUACGGCGGUGUGGCCAGAGAGUGGUUUUUCCUCUUAUCUAAGGAGAUGUUCAAUCCUUAUUACGGCCUUUUCGAAUACUCUGCCACGGACAACUACACUCUCCAAAUUAAUCCCAACUCUGGCCUAUGCAAUGAGGAUCACCUCUCCUAUUUCAAGUUCAUCGGGCGUGUUGCUGGAAUGGCCGUGUUUCAUGGAAAGCUGACCUACCAGGUUGACUUGAAGCCCAGUGGCUCAGACAUGGUGGUCACCAAUGACAACAAGAAGGAAUACAUAGAUCUCGUCAUUCAGUGGAGAUUUGUCAAUCGGGUCCAGAAGCAGAUGAACGCUUUCUUGGAGGGCUUCACUGAGCUCAUUCAAAUAGAUCUGAUCAAGAUCUUUGACGAAAACGAACUGGAGCUGCUCAUGUGUGGUCUGGGUGACGUUGACGUCAACGACUGGAGACAACACACCGUUUACAAGAAUGGCUACUGUCCCAAUCAUCCCGUCAUACAGUGGUUCUGGAAGGUUGUCCUGCUGAUGGACGCUGAAAAAAGAAUUCGACUCCUCCAGUUUGUCACUGGAACAUCACGAGUGCCCAUGAAUGGUUUUGCUGAGCUUUAUGGUUCUAAUGGUCCUCAGCUGUUCACCAUCGAGCAGUGGGGAACACCAGAUAAGUUGCCAAGAGCUCACACAUGUUUUAACCGCUUGGAUCUACCCACCUAUGAAUCAUUUGAAGACCUGAGAGAGAAGCUCCUGAUGGCCGUCGAGAACGCGCAGGGCUUCGAGGGAGUCGACUAGAACGGCUCCCUCCAACCGCAUCCAACCCGCCAACGAUAAGACAAAAUGAAACGGGGAUGUCAAACCAGCUGCUGUAGCAGUUCUGUGCAAGCAUGUUGUACUGUAAUGCCUGACUGCGAGCCACCUCCACUGCACGGUGGUUCGAGACUGUACAGCGACUUGUCGAGCCAAUAUGCCUACGUCUUUAUAUCUUUUCGGUUUGGGUAGGUCCCUCCUUUUAAGGUGCUGGGGAAAGGAAGGGAGUGUCGCACUGUUUCGAAUGCUGAAUUCUGUUAUCCACAGGCAUGAGCAAUGAAUGAUGGGAGCUGGCCCCUGAUCCGCUGUUUCUUCCCCCUCUACCCUCGUCCUGUGAAAAUCUACAGUGCUGGAAAACACCAAUGCAUUUCAAUAGCUCCUUUAUGUACACUAUAGCACAGUAUUUGCACCGUCUUCUACAGAGGGGUGCUUCGCAUGGCCUUAAUCUGGCUUCUACAUGCACUAUUUCUCUAAGAAACUGCAACGGCACUAUGAUCACAACUCUCUCAAAUCCUUAGACCAACACCAGAUUACCUUAGGAAUGCUAGCCAAUCACAUUUCAGGAAAUUGGCCACGCCCCUCCGUAGAGCCUUGUCUGCACUGUGUGAUCAGAGAUCACCAUGCAGCCUUUUUGUAGAAUAAUGUUUUCUUUUUUUUCAGGCACUAAUAAUGAUUCAAAGAUGGGGGAUGAGUUCCCAGAGAUGGGAAUUUUUUUUUUUUCUCCUUUAAAAAACAAAAAACAAGCAACGUUUUGUCAUCAUGGAACAUGUUUUCUUUUGAACAUUUGGUAUAACUCUUCCAGGAAAGUACUCUCAGUGUAUUUGUACUGAUGAACAAUUGUUCUUUACUAUAUAUGCCAUGGUGUGUGAAGUGAAAAUCUGGCUAGUCUGGGAAAUGAUGAAUCCAUAUCAUUUGUUACAGUGAUAGCAAAUGUGUUUAAUAAAACUGUUUUUAUUGUAGUGCUUUGAGAGCAGCAUGAAACUGUAUCUUGUGUUUGCUACGUAAUAAUUUGGAAGUGUAAUUGAUCUUGAAGUUGGGGAGGGAAAACUUAAAAUUAAGGGGGGGUAGUUUCUCUGAGACGUCACGAUUACAUUAAUAUUCUCAUGCCUGUUGCUGUUCAUAAUGCUGUAAAUUGUACUUGAGGGGAGAUUUAAAAACAAUUUUAAGUUCUUUCAUGAUUAUAUGAAUUUAUGUAUGUAUUACAUUUAACAGAAGUAUUACUGAUCAACACUAAAAUGAAGCUGUGCGUGUGUGCGCGCGUGGAUGUUUGAGAGAAAAGCUGUGAUCCCCACUGAAUAUAAAGCAGCACGUUUCUUACAAAGAAAAGAAGUGUUUUCUUUUUUUCUAUCUUGUUUCUCUUUUUCUAACACUAUUGAACCUAAAGGGCACUUUAUAGAUCACUCUGAGGUCAUGUCGCCUGUUAUGUCUCUUGUCAUUUACUUGAAUGUGAUUUCCCCCUCCCCUCCUCUUAUUCAAAGCAAAUCUGGGCUGCUGCUCCAAAAAGUUGACAGAAAUGAAGCUGAGCCUUCACGUCUUUUAUAUUCUUUUAUCUCUUCCUUUGUCCCCUUUCUCUACAUUUCCCUCCCUUCUGUUUCUUCCAGUCUAUGAUCCCAACACUCAGACUGACUCAGUACAGUUUUGCUUUUGUUGUUUUUGUUGUUUGUUUGUUUUUUUUUAAACAAAUGAGGGUUAAUAUCAUUUUGUUCACAGUUCGCUGACUUCUGCAACUCUUUGUGGUUCAUUUAAUUUCAGUCAAAUAAAAAUCAGACUUCUC